AUGCCGUCCGAAUGCGAUGGAGCGGCGUCGGAAGGCAUUCGCAACCUCAGGAAGCGGUUGGCUGGCCUGGACACCGAGGAGGGCAGGAUGAAGGCGUUCCAGUUCAAGCCCCGCACCGACGACGUGUUCAUCGUCACGUGCGCCAAGGCGGGCACGACGUGGAUGCAGCAGAUAGUGCAUGGGCUUCGAACAGGUGGCAGCAUGGAUUUUGAUGAAAUCAGUCUUGUCAUCCCACACAUAGAGCUGGCACACGAUGCAGGAUAUACCGACCUUGAUGCGGAGCAGGUUGCUCUGCCCAGGGUGUACAAAACACACUUUUGGUACGACCAUACUCCAAAGGGGGCACGCUACAUCUAUGUGGUGAGGGACCCAAAGGACAUGUCACUGUCAUUCUUCCACUUCAUGCAGAGCUGGUUCUUUGAGCCUGGCGAGGUGUCCCUGCUGGAGUUCCUGGAGGAAUUCGUCCUAGCCAGAGGCAAACCUGUCAGCGUCAUGCAAAACGCGUCUUUCUGGGACAACAUCGCGUCGUGGUGGCCCCACAGGUUGGAUCCCAACGUCCUGUGGCUGCACUACGAGGACCUGAAGCAAGACCUACCCGCCUGUGUCAAAUUGGUGGCGGAGUUCAUAGGCAAGGGGGCGGAGGAUGAGGAUCUUCAGAAGCUGGUGGUCGAGCAG